GGAAGUGGGAUCGCAAACCAAGGAACCUGUCUGGACGCAGCUGGGGACUAAGAAGGCACUCAGAGCGUCCUCCUGUCAAACCCGUGUCGCUGCCCCCGGCUGUCGCCUCCCGAGAAAAGUCGUGCAAUCAUGUCGAAUAUGGAGAAACACCUAUUUAACUUAAAGUUUGCAGCAAAAGAACUUAAUAGGAAUGCCAAGAAAUGUGAUAAAGAAGAAAAGGCUGAAAAGGCCAAGAUUAAAAAGGCCAUUCAGAAAGGCAAUACAGAAAUUGCAAGAAUACAUGCUGAAAAUGCAAUCCGCCAGAAGAACCAAGCAAUUAAUUUUUUGAGAAUGAGUGCUAGGGUUGAUGCUGUGGCAGCCAGAGUUCAAACUGCAGUAACAAUGGGCAAGGUAACCAAGUCCAUGGCAGGUGUAGUUAAGUCUAUGGAUGCUACAUUGAGGAGUAUGAACCUUGAAAAGAUUUCUUCCCUCAUGGACAAAUUUGAACACCAGUUUGAAACACUGGAUGUUCAAACACAACAAAUGGAAGACACAAUGAGUAGCACUACAACCCUAACAACACCACAAAAUCAAGUGGAUAUGCUGCUUCAGGAAAUGGCAGAUGAAGCUGGCCUUGAUCUCAAUAUGGAACUACCACAGGGUCAGACAGGAUCUGUUGGCACAAGUGUUGCUUCCACGGAACAGGAUGAACUAUCACAGAGACUUGCUCGUCUACGUGAUCAAGUGUAAUUUAAAGAACCAGUGCUUUUGUUUACAUCACCUGCUUCUGAAAUAUUUUGUGUAUAUAUAGAUAAGUUGUACUCCAGUUACACUAAAAACACCAUAUAUUACAGAAUGCUUAAACACUAUUUAUGUAUAAUGCUUUCUUUUGCCGUGCUGUACUUUCCAAUACUUUAAGAAAUUCCAGAGAGUUUCCACCUUGACAGAUUUUACAGUUUUAUAUAUUAUGUUAAAAAGUGUGAGGGACCUUUUUAUUUGUAGAUGUCUUAGCUUGUAUAUGAAACAUCUUCCUAAAAAAUUACAUUAAAAAUCUAGCACCAAAGUACUACAGAAAUAAAGUACUUUAUGCAGAAUAAUGUAUAGGAUAAAGGUUUUGGUUUCUUUUUAAUUCGAAGCAAUUUUAAACCCCUGUCUGCAUUCACAUGUAAUGCAUAAAAAUAAAAGGAAGAACAUGUUUACUUAAAAUGGUGACAUAGCCAGAAACACCUCAUUUAGUGUCAUACAAUGGAGAGUGCUAUUUUUUGUGUUUUAUGUUUUCUGUUUGUUUUAUUGUUCAAGCAGAAAUACAGUUGACUUUUAAUCUGCUUUUAAAUUUUAAAUUAUUGGAAUAUUUACCCAGUAAUCUAAUGACCAUUUGACUUCCUUAAAUUUAAAACAAUUUUUCAAUGAUAAUUUCCCAAUAUAACUAGAAAAAAAAUCUACAACAUUAAAUCCGAGAAGUUAAGGUUUGCUCAAUUUUUAAAUUUUUUCUUUGCUAAAUAUCACUGUUGUUAAGAUUCAGAGAAAUUUAACCUUUCAUAUUUUCAAAGAAAUUUGAAACACAUUUUUAAUGAUUCUAUUUCAACUCUACCCUUGUUACACUGUAAUUUAAAAGAUUAAUUUACCUGGACUUAGUAUCAUUUACAUUUUCCAUAGGAAUGUUGACUGCUUUUUGAGAAUCUUGGCCUACAUUUUUAAAGGAACCAACAACAACAACAAAAACAAAUUUGAACCAAUUCAAGUAACAACUACUGUAAGCCCUGGUUAAAUGUGUUUGUUCUUUUAUUUUAAACAAAAACUCUCUAAUAACUGGAAGAAAUGAAGUGGAAAUAAAUGUUAGAAUAAAAUGUUUUUCCUAGCUAUGCGAACAGUUUCUAGUCCAAUGGAAGUUGGACGCACAACCUAGUGGGUGAGGGCACUGAGAAGUCCUAAGGUCAUAAAGAAGAAUAAACUCUGGAAGGCCAGACUACUUGGGGAAAAGCAUUUGAUGGCUAGCUGUACUACUUUCCAUUUCCCCAGAAAUAUUUCUGUUUUACCACUGACACGAACAGAUUAACAUAUGCCUGCAAUUUUCUGAUAUGACAUUGGGCAAUUAAGUUCACAAACUUGUUGCAAUGAUGUUGCUAACAUUUUUUGAUAUCAGAGGGAUUAUUUAUUAUGAAGUACCAACUGGCCAAACAGUUAACCAAGUUUACUAUUUGGAAGUGCUG